AUAGAUGCAUUAGUUUUCUGUGAUAGGCGACAGCUACACCAACAUAUCAUUAUUCACAGCUGAGAUCAUCACAAUUAGCAUUGAUAUGUUGUUAGUCACGAAACAAUAUAGAAUUCAAGGAGACAAGUAUCAGUGUUUUUCACUAGACAUUGUACAACUAAGGCAGCCAUUUGUCUAAAUCAUGUCGAAUGAAAAAGAUUUGCGGAAAGUGUCGGAAGAGACGGGACUCGUGACAGGCCGCGUGAAAAGCGUCCUGACCAGCACCAGUUUCCUGGUAUAUUUCAGCCACUUUCUGUCUACAUGGGGCGACCAGAUGUGGUGGUUCGGUACUGGUUUGUUUCUCAUCGAGCUGUCGCCGAACUCCCUGCAGCUCACCGCUUCGUACGGCUUGUCAACAGGCCUGUCCAUCCUGCUGCUAGGUGCCCUGAUCGGAGAUUGGGUGGACAAGACGGCAAGGCUGAAAGCUGCUCAGGUGUCCCUCGUUCUCCAGAACCUGUUCGUUGCCCUGUGUGCUAUAGCAGUGUGUGUCCACCUGUCCUACAUUGACCAGAUCACCACUUUAUGGAACGGUUGGCUCAAACAACUAUCUUUCGUUACAAUCAUUCUCUUCGCCAUCCUCGCAGACCUUAGCAGCACAGCCCGUAUGAUUGUGAUUGAAAGGGACUGGAUUGUGGAAAUAUGUGGCAACGACGUGGACAGGUUAGCAGAAAUGACAGCAACCAUGAGACGGAUUGACCUUGGUGCGACGAUACUGGCCCCGGUGGUGACGGGGGAAAUCAUGUACUUCACCCAGUUGAGGAACGGCGCCAUCUUCAUGGCCUCCUGGAACCUUAGCACCGUGUUCUUGGAGUACUACCUGCUGUGGAAGGUGUACGUCACGGUGCCGGCACUACAGAAGGCCAAAAUCAGAAGCAAAGGUGUGGACAAUGAUGCAGAAAAGGGUUACUCUACUGGGAAAGAUUCGGAGAUGGUGCCAUUAGCAGAUCUAUCGAAGCCUAUGCAAAAUGGCACGGUCGUUCGUGAAGGACUGCUGGACAAAGAACCUAAGCAAAAUGGCACUAUUGGACUCUUGGAGAAAGAACCUAAUGGCACGGCUGUUCAGUGUGAACUUAAGAGACAAGGACAGGAAGAGGUUGAAGAGACAUCCUCGUGUCUUUGGGGUGCGUUUGGUCCUUUCAUCACCCUCUACACUGGGUGGAGGACGUUCAUGCAGUAUGACGUUGCGAGCGCCGGACUUGGGUUGGCCAUGUUGUAUCUGACAGUGCUGGGGUUCGACAAUAUCACAACGGGUUACGCAUACACGCAAGGGGUAUCUGAAGGUGCCCUUGGUCUCGCAACGGCAACAGGGGCUGCGGUCGGCAUCAUCGGCACGCUCAUCUACCCCGUUAUGCGACGUCGCAUUGGGCUUGAGAGGACGGGUCUGUUUGCUAUGAGUUCCCAGAUCGCCUGCUUGAUGAUGUGUGUUGUGUCAGUAUGGACACCCGGAAGUCCCUUUGAGCCCUGGUACUUCUGGGAUCGUCCAGCUUCACCUAACGCCACAGGGGUCAACUGGACGUUUCACAUCACCAGUAACGUCAGUGAAUCCACUGUGACCCCAAAGGCUGCAUCGGGUGGAGGAGAUCCACCCAUAACUGCAGACGUCGUUUCUGUCACGUUGUUGAUGGCGGGAAUUGUCACAGCAAGAUUUGGUUUGUGGAUAGCUGAUUUGACGAUCACGCAGCUGUUUCUUGAGCACGUGGCUGAGAAUGAACGUGGCAUCGUGAAUGGCGUUCAGAACUCACUCAACAGACUCGCAGACAUGCUGAAGUUCGCCCUGGUCGUGAGCUUCCCUCAGACCGAGGUGUUCGGUUACCUGGUGAUAAUAUCAUUCAUCUGUGUGUUGAUCGGUGACAUCAUGUACAUGGCUUACUCGAAGCAGGCAAGGGGGCACCUGUUCCCAUUCCAUAACUUGUUUCGUAGAAAUAAAGUUAAGGACGAAAGGCUAAGGUCCGCAUCUCCGUGAUGCCAAAGAAUGUUGAUUUAAAUUAAGUCAGUUGUUGGACAAUUUGUUAUGUUGAAUGAGACAUGUAUAUAUGAUUUUUAUACAAACUGUAUUUUUUAAGUUCAACCAGAUAUUGUUCCAAGAUUUGACUGAUUUCAAAUUGCAUGUGUGUACAAACAAAUAAAGAGAUUGCGUAUA